CCGGGUCAGGCCCCAUGAAGGCCGCAUUGAGAAUAAACAUUUUUUUGUUUGACAUAACCGUGUAAGUAAAUGGUACAUUUUAUCAGGCGAAGUUGGAAUUGUUGUUGUCCAGCCAUGAUCUUUGUAUGGCUUUAUUGAACCAAAUUACUUGAAGGAUAUUUGAUAAUCGUACCGUACACAUGUUGCAUUCUCCACUUUCAAAUCCCUUUUCAAGUACUUGUUCUUCGACUACUACUUCGAAAUCUAAUGAAUGUUUCAAACCAGACCUCACAGUUUUGGAGUCUGCGAUACCAUUCUUCACAAAGCCAUUACUAUCAAUCGCAAGCUUCGCUAACACAAAUCAUAUUCCUGGGUCUACAUCUACCCCGUUUUUUUUCCAACCGGCAUCACAAGUGCAAGCUCAUCAGCACACUUCUAACUUCGGGAACAUAAACAGCUCUAACUUAUCAGGAUCGUCAUCAUUAUCAUCAUCUUUAAUUUCUUUACAUUCUACCUCCAAUGGUUUAACUAAUCAACAAUUUCCGACAUCUCCUGUAUCUAUACACUCAAACCAUGUUUCAUCUGGAUCUAGAGACUCACGUUGGCUUAAGCUACGUGUAUGUACAUCAGUUUCAGAAAUAUCUACCUCACCUUUGCAAAAUAAUGCUAUCAAAUCUGAGAAAGAGUUCAUAAACAGUGAGAAUAAAUGUUCUUUAAAGUUAGAAGACACUAGUACUAAAAUUAAGUGCUCAUCUACUACAAAUUGCGAAAAUGAAAAUGAACCAAGUUUUCAUUGCAGUAUUUUGGGAAGUACAUGUCCUUACGCUCAUCCACCUGUAACGGUUCGAGUAGAAAACGGCUAUGUAACAGUUUGUUACGACUUUAUUAAAAGAAAACUCUGCAAAUUUUCUUACUGUAAAUAUUACCAUCCGCCCCCACACCAGAUCGAAGCUAUUAUUAGACGUGGCGAUGAACAGAAGAAACUAUUGGAAAGCCAACAACGUUUGUCCGAUUUAAAAACUUCCAGUCUCGUUCCAAUGCAACCGCUGCAACAAACGCUACCGACUGGUUUACCGACUCUCAGUUCAGCAGCUAGUUGCCCUUCAAGUUUUAGAUGGCCACCUACCACAUUACUUCAGCCGUCUGUCGGGGGGUCAGUUUAUGGGACAUAUUUAACACCUCUAAAUUCUGUUCCUGAUCCAGCAUCCCUUAGUGCAUCGGCUUUAUUAGCAGCGGCAGCUGUCAUACAACAGGCAAAUCAAGGUGCUGGUGUGUUACCAACAUCGUCUACACUAUCUUCAAGUUCAAUAUUUCCUCAUGAUUCAGUUAUUUCUAAAUCAACAAUCAAUAAUGAUACAUCUGCUGUUGUUUCCGAGCCAAGCUCUCUAAGCUUUAAUAAUUGCAAUAUCGUAACAUGUUUGGCAAAUCCUCUUUCAAAUUGUCAAAUACAGCAAUAUCAAUCUCUUCAGCAGCAGCAAGCCGGUGCUGCUAAUCUCCCACCAACUACCUGGUCUGUAGCUGCAUCUACUCCUACUACAUCUGCUGCUAAUUACGUUUCUUCAAUUGUAACAAGUUAUUCUGAAGUUGCCAGUAAUACUGCUGCUUGUCCCCUCACCUCACUUAUUCGUGCCGGUAUGAAACGUGAGGCUGAUAUUACGCUUGGAAAUUUUGAAAAUGACUUGGAAAUGCAUAAUUGGCUACCUACAAAACGAGCAAAUAUGUCUACCUCAUCUUCAUUAGACAGAACAAGUCAGAAUAGAGAAUCCACUGUCGUUUGUAACGGUGACGAAAAAUUGGAAAGUUCUUUUCGGAAUAGUGAAACGAAAUGUCAAAUACCUGAUUCUGGAACUUCAUUCCCUACCGUUUUCACUUGUGGAUCUCUCAAUCCUGGGUUUACUCCACUGAGUUCUUGUGCAAAUAUAGGAACAUCUCAUGUUAGUCCUGAGGUGACAAAUAUGAUAAAUCCAUUAAACAUAAGUAUUUAUGGUCUUCCGUUUUCACAACCUGGUGCUUCGCUCUACGCUCCACAAUUCAUAUAUCCACCACUACAUUCUAUGAAUAAUGGUUGUGAUGCACCCACUUCAAUGGCUUCAGCAGCUGCAGCAUUAGCGCUUAAUAACUUUUUGAUACAACAGCAACAACAACUUCAGUCUCAUCAGUUGUUACGGAUUCAGUUACCUACAGUAACCAGUCAACAGUUAUCGGGACCUGGCUUGUAUUCGUCAUAUAUACCACCCCCCACCUUAGCCACCGCUACAGCUUUAGCAGCAGCUCAUCAACCUCUAACUCAUGAUCAUACAAACGUUUCAAAUACUAAUUUUCAACAGCAGCAACAAGCUCUUUUGUUGACACUCAUUCUUCGAAGUCAACAAGCUCAGCUGGCUGCUGCGCAAGUUGCAGCAGCGGGCUAUCUGUCACAAAAUGACACCUCACGAUUGCCUCCGAUUCCUACUCUUCAAAACCAUGGAUGCGUUUUGGAUUCAUCAUGUCCGGUUCCAGGUCCAUUAGGAACUCUUUCGUCUGGACCAUAUGGAACCAGUUUCUGUUCACAGAAUCCAAUGACUAAUGUAGCUUACGUUAACGAAAAAGGCCAUCUAUUGGAAACAUUGCCAAUAUGUCGUGACUUUAAAGCUGGCAAAUGUCGUCGUAACUCAGAGUGUCGUUAUGUCCAUCUCGUUGACGAAAAUGUGGAAGUUAAUCAAGGACGUGUUACUGUAUGUCGUGAUGCUGCUAAAGGUCGCUGUACACGUGUACCAUGCAAGUAUUAUCAUAUUCCUCUGUUCGCUAUUUCGGCCAAUCGAAGUAUGGCAUUGAAUUCUGCUCUGGCCAGUGUCACAGGAUUUCCUACUAUCUCCACACUUUAGACCUAAACUAAUAAUAUUUGGAAAAUGUUCAUCUCUACCAAAUCUCAAAAGACAUUUAGGUGUUUUUUAUCUUUAUAUAUAUUUAUAAAUCUUCGUUCAUCCAUAACUGUCCAUCGUAUGGAUUUUGAUUUCUACCUUGCCUGAGAAAUAGAUAUCUAUUAAAUCCAUUUUUUGAAGUUAUCUUUGUCUCAUUUUGACCAGUAUUUUUACUGAUGUUUAUUCAAAUAAUCAAAUUUCUUCCUCUACGGAUACAUAAAAUCCAACACGAGAAUGUCUUUAAACUCAAUUGUUUGCUUUCAAUCAUGUUUUCUCUUAUGUUUUGUCAAUGCUAUUUUCUUUUGAUUUGCCUCGUCUCAAAAAAUGUAUUAAAUAUUUUGAUAAUCUUUUCAUUAACUUCAGUCAAUUAUUAUUUAAUCAGUUAUUCAGUUGCACAAUAAAUUUACUGUUCACUUUGUAUAAAAGAUGAAAGAGGAAUAAUAGGAGAUAUUAUACACUACCUUUUUUUUUUACUUUUACAUGUUCGAUGACAUAUUUUUCAUAAAAAAUAAUGAUACUACUAGUAGGAGAACAGACUAAUGAUUAUUGUUUAGUCAAUUUUAGGAUAGUUUCCGUUUAAUAAGUUGACAGUGAAAUACGAGUUUGAUUCUUCUCUUUUUGGUUGUAUGUUUAAAAAAAUCAACCAAUAUCCAUUUCAUGAUAUUGUUCAUUUAAAUUUUUUAUUAUUGGAAGACUUAUUAUUAAUCACUUCCAUCAAUAUAUGCAUACAAAUACACAACUUAGAUUCUAAAUUUCUUGAUAUGC